AUGCUGCUCGACCUUCAUACCCAGCCUGAUUGGGAAAAUGAUUAUCAGCCGUUGAGAGGUAAGAUUAGUCCUUCAUUGCUUGAAUUGCAGCAUUUGAAGUAUUUGGACCUCAGUUUCAACAAUUUUACAGGGAGCCAUAUCCCAGAAUUCAUUGGUUCCUUUAGCAGUUUACAAUACCUCAAUCUUUCAUAUAAUGAUUUUGUCGGUACGAUUCCUAAUCAGUUUGGGAAUCUUUCUGAAUUGCGUUCUCUUGAUUUGGACUAUAAUGAUGAAGUGAGUGUAAAAAGUUUAGAGUGGGUUUCUCAUCUUUCUUUAUUAAGAUACCUUGAUCUGAGCUGGGUUAAUCUUAGCAAUGCAAUAGAUUGGAUGGAAGCACCCAAUAAUCUCCCUCUCCUAACGGAAUUGCACUUCAGUGUUUGUCAUCUCCCUGGUAUCAUUUCACCCCAACUUCCAUUGAUAAAUUCUUCUGCAUCGUCUCUUGUUGUCCUUGAUCUAUCCGCCAAUUCUUUCAAUUCUUCAAUAUACAGUUGGUUGUUCAAUUUCAAUACUAGUCUUGUUCAUGUAGACCUUUCUGGUAACAAUUUACAAGGUCUGAUCCCUGAUUCUUUCGGAAACUCAAAUUCCCUUGCCUAUCUUGAUCUCUCUGUCAAUCAACUUGAAGGUGGGAUUCCAAAAUCCAUUGGGAACUGUACUAGUUUACGAACAUUGAGUUUGGGUUGGAAUCAACUUGGUGGUUCACUGCCUCACAGCAUCACAAGACUUUCAUCUUUGAAGGAAUUGUAUCUUUAUGAUAAUCAAUUGAAUGGGUCUUUACCAGAUUUAACCGGAUUAUCUUCAUUGAGAGUGUUGCUUCUUUGGAACAAUCGAUUGAGUGGGUCUUUACUAGAUUUAAAAGGAUUAUCUUCAUUGAGAUCGCUGUAUCUUUCAAACAGUAGCUUGACUGGACCACUACCCAAAAGUAUUGGGCAACUUUUCAUGCUUGAAAUUUUGGACGUCUCUUCAAAUUCUUUACAAGGUACAAUCUCCGAAACCCACCUCUCAAAUCUCAACAACUUGAAGGGUUUGUUUCUGUCUGGUAACUCCCUAUCUUUAAACUUCAAUUCUGAUUGGAAUCCUCUUUUUCAACUCGAUUCCAUAGGCUUGAGGUCUUGCCAGAUGGGCCCACGUUUCCCAAACUGGCUUCUAACUCAAAACAGUUACUCUGAGCUUGACAUCUCUAAUUCUGGAAUUUCAGAUAUUGUCCCUAGGGAGUUUUGGAAUUUAUCUCCUCAACUGUCUUACAUAAAUCUCUCUUCCAACCACAUGAAUGGCAUGGUGCCUAAUUUAACGUUAUUGAAGACAGUUUUUUAUCCUGUAAUAGAUUUAAGCAUUAAUCAUUUUGAAUGUCCAAUUCCACUAUUCCCUCCCAACAUCACACUUCUGAAUCUCUCUAAAAAUAUGUUUUCUGGGUCACUUUCUUUCUUAUGCAACAUAACCAAUGAGCUUCUCAGCUUUAUUGACCUCUCAAAUAAUCGAUUAUCAGGGGAGCUUCCUGAUUGCUAG